ACAAUGGAGUCUCAGAUGGAGGAAUGGUACAAGGAGGUGGGCGAGCUGCAAGCCCAGAUUGCAUCUCUUCCAUUGGAUGUAGCCAGCCAAGAGUCAGUGGAUCAGAAGCAGAAUGAAGUCGGAACCAGGAUUGUGCGGCUAAUCGAGCCACUGAAGGAGAGAAGACGGAUUCUCCUAGCCUCUAAAGAGGUCCAUCAAGUCACCCGGGACCUGGAAGAUGAAAUUACUUGGGUACAGGAGAGGCUGCCUCUUGCUACGGCUAAAGAUCAUGGAAGCAACUUGCAAACUGUGCAGCAGCUCAUGAAGAAAAACCAGAACCUGCGACGAGAGAUCCAGGUACAUACCCCUCGAGUGGACGACAUCUUGGAAAGAGCAUCAGCCAUUGCCAGUAUCCGCAGUCCAGAGGCAGAGGGUGUCAAGAUAGGGUAUGAGAGCCUACGGGAGAUGUGGGGUGUUCUGCGGGAGGAAACUGAAAGGCGGCAACAGCUGUUGGACAUCAACUACCAGGUGCAGCAGUAUUACUUUGAUGUGGGUGAAGUGGAGACAUGGCUGAGCGAGCAGGAACUUCUUAUGAUGAAUGACGAAAAGGGAAAAGAUGAGCAGAGUACACUGCAGCUCUUGAAAAAGCACUUGAUGGUGGAACAGACCAUUGAGAACUAUGAGGAAACCAUUGCUCAGCUGUCUCGGCAGUGCCGUAACCUCCUAGAUCUAGGGCAUCCCGACAGUGAGCAGAUAAGUAGGCGGCAGUCUCAGAUUGAUCGGCUCUACGUGUCUCUGAAGGACCUGGUGGAGGAGCGCAAGGGGCGUCUGGAACAGCAGUAUUGGCUCUUUCAGCUGAGCCGCGAGGUGGAUGAGCUGGAGCAGUGGAUUGCAGAGAAGGAGGUGGUGGCUGGGUCUCCGGAGCUGGGCCAGGAUUUUGAACAUGUAACACUUCUUCAGGAGAAGUUCACAGAGUUUGUCACUGAGACGGGCAGUAUAGGACAGGAACGCAUCUCUGCUGUGAAUCAGAUGGUGGAUGAACUCAUUGACUAUGGCCACUCGGAUGCAGCCACCAUAGCAGAGUGGAAAGAUGGUGUGAAUGAGGCCUGGGCGGACUUGCUGGAACUGAUGGAGACAAGAGCGCAGAUGCUGUCUGCUUCUCAUGAACUACAGAAGUUCUUUAAUGACUGCAAAGAGGUCCUGUCCCAGGUGGAGGAGAAGAAGCAGAGGAUCCCAGAGGUGAAGGCACAGGAAGCUCGCCUCUCAGCUGGUUCACUGCAGCGAAUUCUUAGCUCUUUUGAACAUGACAUUCAGGUCCUUGUCACUCAGGUACGACAGCUGCAGGAGAAUGCUGCCCAACUGCGCACAGUAUAUGCAGGCGAGAAUGCGGCUGCCAUUGUCACCAGUGAGCAGGAAGUAAUGCGUUCCUGGAAGGAGUUGCUAACCACCUGUGAAGAAUGCAGGCUGCAGAUCACCACUACCAGUGACCGCAUGAAGUUCCUGGGUCUUGUGAAGGACCUGAUCUCCUGGAUGGACAGUAUUAUCUGUCAGAUUGGAACUGCAGAGAAACCCAGGGAUGUGUCUUCCGUGGAAGUUCUCAUGAGUUAUCAUCAGGGAUUAAAGAGUGAAAUUGAGGCAAGAAAUAAGAGAAUUGCGGACUGUGUAGAGCUAGGAAAGUCCUUGGUCCUAAACAAGAGGCCGGCGUCUGAAGAGAUUAAGCAGAGCCUGGACAAGCUGAUGGCAAAGAAGAAGGAGAUGCUGGACAAAUGGCACAAACACUGGGAAUGGCUGCAGCAGAUGCUGGAAGUGCACCAGUUUGCUCAGGAAGCUGGAGUAGCUGAGGCCUGGUUGACUGCUCAGGAGCCCAUAGUGAAGAGCCCAGAACUGGGCAACAGCGUGGAUGAGGUGGAGCAGCUGAUCAGACGGCAUGAAGCCUUCCGUAAAACUGCAGCCGCCUGGGAGGAGAGAUUCAGCUCACUAAGGCGCCUCACUACGCUGGAGAAGAUGAAAGCUGAGCAGAGCAAACAACCCGCGACCCCACUCCUUGGCCGAAAAGUUUUCCCAGACACCACAGACUUUUCAUCUCGACCAUCUCCUCUUGCUCAACAGUCAUUCCAUGAAAAGCCAGAGACUAAGCUGGAGCAGAAGGACACUCUGUCUGUUCCUAAUGGGGUUCAGCUGGAAAGCCACAGAAUACGGGCAGAGAGGGGAGAAGCAAGAGUAGGGUAUGUGCGGCAAGAGAUGAAGCCGGAGAGACUUCAGCCAAAGAUAGAUCAUGUGGAGGCUAAGAUAACAGAGAAGAUUCAGCCUGCUCAGGAAGGAACACGUGGGGAAAGAUCAGAGGUCAAAGUCGCUCAAGGUAUGGCCACUUUGACUGUGGACAAAGCAGAGGGUAAGUUGAGUCGUCAUGCUGAGCGGAGAAGAGAAAGGCAUGAUCGCAAGCUGGAACGCCAGGAGUCCAGUGAGCAUGAGGUUCCCAAACCAGAGCAUGUAGAGGAAAGGAGGAGACGAGACCGACAUGACAAAAGGCUGGAGAGACAGGGGUCCAGUGAACAAGAAACACCAAAACCGGAGCAGCCAGAAAGGAGGAGAGAUCGGCAUGAGAGGAGGGCAGAGAAGCCGGAGUCCAGUGAGCAGGAGACGCCAAAGAACGAGCCUGAAAAACAAGGAGGAAAGGCGACACUUGCCGAUAUUGUAGAACAGCUGCAGGAAAAAGAAGCAUCACAGAAUAACCCUGCAAAUCGGAUUCUCCGGCCCGCUUACCUAAUGGCGUGGAAAAGCUUCCAGAAAGAACACCCAGGCCUGACCGGCCAAGAGCAAGAGAUCGACCCAAACCCAGAAGAAGACCUCGUCCUAAGGACCCAAACCAAGCACCGGGGGAGGCCCGGAGAUCCCGCUCAGCUCCAGCACAGAGCAACACCCCCCCUCCACCUCCUCCAUCCCACACCGUACAACUGGAAGGAUACCUCUUCAGGAAACAUGAGCUGGAUGGACCCAGCAAAAAAGCCUCAAACAGGUCCUGGGUAAACUUGUACUGUGUGCUCAACAAAGGGGACUUGGGGGUCUACAAGGAUGCAAAAAGUCAAAGUUCAGGCGCAACACACGGAGGGGAACCCCUACUGAACCUACAUGGAGCUUCCUGUGAAAUAGCCAAUGAGUAUAAGAAAAAGAAGUUUGUCUUCAAACUCAGGUCGACAGAUGGAAGAGAGUUCCUCUUUCAAGCUAAAGAUGAGGAGGAAAUGAAAAACUGGAUUACGGCUAUAACCACUUGUGUUUCUGAACAUGCUGAGAUAGCCAAAUGGAGCCAGACCCUUCUUACUACCUCCUCCACCGACGAAGGAAACAUCAAACGAGAGUCUGAUCGCAGAUCCAGCGCCGGGGGCCGUAAGAAGUGA